AUGGAUCUCCUGUGGGUGCUGUCGGUGUCCAUGCUGACGGCGUGCGUUGCCAUCCCCAUGGAUGCGGCGGAGGGGAGCCACAGCCUGUUCACCUGUGAACCCAUAACCCUGCGUAUGUGCCAGGGGCUGCCUUACAACUCCACCUACAUGCCAAACAUACUGAACCAUUACGACCAGCAAACUGCCGCCCUCGCCAUGGAGCCGUUCCAUCCCAUGGUGAACCUACAGUGCUCUCCGGACCUCAGGAUGUUCCUGUGUGCGCUCUACGCCCCGGUGUGUACCGAGUACGGGCGGAUGACUCUGCCCUGUCGCCGCCUCUGUCUGCAGGCCAAGAGCGACUGCUACAAACUAAUGGAUAUGUUUGGCGUCAGCUGGCCGCAGGAGAUGGACUGCAACAGGUUCCCAGACUGUGACGAGCCCUACCCCCGUCCUGUGGACCUCCUGUCCGGCUCAGACACAACUGAAUCCCCCAUCUCCGUCCAGCGGGACUACGGCUUCUGGUGUCCAAGAGAACUCAAAAUCGACCCAGAGCUCGGCUACACCUUCAUGGGUAUCCGCGACUGCUCUCCCCCCUGUCCCAACAUGUACUUCACACGUGAGGAGCUGACGUUCGCCCGAUACUUCAUUGGAGUGGUGUCCAUCGUCUGUCUGUCCGCCACCCUUUUCACCUUCCUGACUUUCCUCAUUGAUGUUUCGCGCUUCCGCUACCCAGAGCGUCCAAUUAUAUUUUAUGCCGUAUGCUACAUGAUGGUGUCUCUGGUGUUCUUCCUGGGGUUUUUGCUGGAGGACAAAGUUUCCUGUAAUGCAGCGAGUCCUGGGAGGUUCAGGGCUUCAACAGUGACCCAAGGCUCACAUAAUAAGGCCUGCACCCUUCUCUUCAUGGUGCUGUAUUUCUUCACCAUGGCCGGCAGUGUCUGGUGGGUCAUCCUGACCAUCACCUGGUUCCUGGCUGCUGUUCCCAAGUGGGGCAGUGAGGCAAUAGAGAAGAAGGCCCUCCUCUUCCAUGCCUGUGCCUGGGGCAUCCCUGGUGUCCUCACAGUCACCCUGCUAGCCAUGAACAAGAUCGAGGGAGACAGUGUUAGCGGUGUUUGCUUUGUGGGGCUGUACAACUUGACAGCCCUGCGCUGGUUCCUGCUGGCCCCGCUGGGACUGGAUGUAGUGGUCGGUGUGGCUCUGCUGCUGGCAGGUAUAGCAGCGCUAAACCGAGUCCGCAUGGAGAUUCCAUUGGAGAAGGAGAACCAGGAGAAACUAGUGAAGUUCAUGAUUCGUAUCGGCGUGUUCUCCGUGCUCUACCUGGUCCCUCUGCUGGCCGUCCUGGGCUGCUACCUUUAUGAGAACAGCUACAGAACCAUCUGGGAGACGACCUGGGUCCAGGAGAAGUGUAGACACUACCACAUCCCCUGCCCCUACCAGGUGGAGCGCACCAGUCGUCCUGACCUGGUCUUGUUCCUGAUAAAGUACGUGAUGAUGCUGAUCGUAGGGAUCCCCUCAGUGUUCUGGGUGGGCAGUAAGAAGACCUGCUUCGAGUGGGCCAGCUUCUUCCACGGCAAGAGACGCAAAGAUGGGAUGGUCAACGAGAGCCGACAGGUGCUCCAGGAGCCCGACUUCGCCCAGCUGCUGCUCAGGGACCCCAACACGCCCAUCGUGAGGAAGUCACGGGGCACGUCCACCCAGGGGACCUCCACCCACGCCUCGUCCACCCACCUGGCCAUGCUGGACGAGCCGCCGAGUGCCAGCACCAGCCGGGCCGGCUCGGUCCGCAGUGCACGCUCCAAGAUGAGCAGCUACCACGGCAGCCUGCACCGCUCUCGAGAUGGCAGAUAUACGGCCUCCAGUUUCCGGGCUGCAGACGACCGUCUGCCCUAUGGAAGCAUGCCUCGCCUCAACGACCAAUCACAGUCGAGACACUGCAGCACCAAUCGCCUGGACAGCCUGUCACGACACGGCUCCACCCAACGACUUGAAAGCCAGUCGCGGCACAGCAGCAUCAGGGACCUCACCAGCACCACCCAAGCUGUUCUCGGUGUCCCUGGAAACGGGAUUCACAGAGUCCUGGAGGAGGACGGAGCGACAGCCUGAACAGGGUCUCUGGUUCUCCUGUAGAAGAUGUGACUGUAUGGGUACAAGUGAAAGUAGGAAUGACUUAUCUUCUUCUAUAAAGUGAAAGAAUGUGUGAGGAUCCACAAGAAACAGAACGCAGAGAGUCAAAGACUGUGGUGUCCCCUUCUGCUGAAUUUGGGAGCUCAGAGCUGAAGCACAGUUUACUGAUGACGUUAGCUAAACUAGGGCUACAUCCAGCCAGAUCCAGAGGACUGAGUGUGGAUCGAUGCCUUAAAAUGUCCUCUCAGCUUUACUCCACCUGCCAACUGAUCCCAAAAAACUGAAGUUCACGAUGACUUUUGUCCAGGUCACAAACCUACGAUGAAUUUCACGGUGCUGACCGUGACCUGUGAUAGCCAACACUGGAAAAUGACGACAAGGCUUCACUGUCGGACCUACGUCACUGAGCCAGAACACAAUGUGACCAAUACUGAGACUGCACUGGAUUGUUUUCUACUCGUACUGUACUUGUUUGUAUAAAAGACUGAAUGAUGGACAUCAGACAGGAUGAGCCUUCUCUUCUAGUCUGUGCUGCGUAGCACUGGGGAGGGUGGAAGCAGGGUAUUUUUUUUAAGGUUUACUGGCUACAACUAUUGUGCACCUCUUCAGCCAUGUACAUGUCCAUUAUUAAUUCACCUUCAAAUUUAUUUCUGCUAACCUAAAGGGACAGCUCACCCCCAAAUCAAAAAUACAUAUUUCUCCUCUUACCUGUAGUGCUGUUUAUCAGUUGAGAUUGUUUUGGUGUGAGUUGCAGAGUGUUGGAGAUAUCAGCCAUAGAGAUGUCUGCCUUCUCUCCAAUAUAAUGGAACUAGAUGGCACUCUUCAUCACUUUUGGUGCUCAACACUAAACAGCAAUGUCUCGCUCCAGAAAUCAUAACCUGGCUACUCAAAAUAAUCCACAGACCUUGUUGUAAAAAGUUUCCUGAAGGAACUAUUUUCUCUCUUUUCCAAACUACACCUGACAGGCAUAUCACCAAGCAGAAGGAAACGUGCAUCUAUUCAUGGAAGAGGCUUAAAUUGGUGACAGCGAGAGAUAAAAACAAUGGCGUCCUCUUCAGCUGAGCUGUAACGUUAGCUAGCUCAGUGGUGCUAGGUGAGCUAGCAGUAGAUGCACACUUCCUUCUGCACAGCGAUACAGUUGGAAAGUUUCUACAUGAAACUGCCCUACAGCAAGA